ACAUGUUACUUCCUGUAUGGAGGCAUGGCCAGUUUCCAGCCCCGCGCUCCCGGUUUCUCCCCAGCCUGCGCCGGAGCCACAACUUUCAGGAGCAUGGACUGAAGGCGCCCUCGCCUCAGCGCCCCUCUGAGAGCCUUUGUGUUUUCCUCGGUUUCCUCCGGCCGUUUCUCUUCUGGGGGGCUUUGCGCUGCCCCCGCCUCUGCCCUCCCCUUCCCCGCUGGCAAACAUGCCUCCUUCCUUCCCGGGGCCCUGGAAGGAGCUGCCCGCCUGAAGCCCGGAGACGCCGCGCCGCGCCUCGCUCAGCCCUGCCGUUGCCCGCCGGCUCUCGGGCUGCGCUGCCGACUCAAGUUGGGGAUCAUCGGCUGCUCGCCGCCGCCUGCUAGCCGGUCCCUGCCUGCCCCGGGCCCCGGGCAUCGCCGCCGCCCGCCGACUCUUCGUCCUGCCCGCUCGGUUCGCCUGGCUUUGAACGGAAAGCAGCCCUUCUCCGCCGAGAGGACCGUCCCCCAGCGUGGCUUUGCAUCCCCGGUCACUUUUUGAGGUUUUCCGGGAGGGGCGCUCGGCGGCUUCCCGGGUUCCAGCGGGACUCGCCGCCGAGCGUGGGGGGCCCCCGUGCAGCCGGCGAGCGGGGAAAGCGCCCGGGCUCCGCGGAGGCUCGCACGGAAGCAAGAACUUAUUCAACAAGUUUACCCCCCCCUGCUUUCCUCUUUUCGAUGUGCGUUUUCGGACAUGCGGAGGUUACUGGAACCGUGUUGGUGGAUUUUGUUCCUGAAAAUCACCAGUUCCGUGCUCCAUUAUGUCGUGUGCUUCCCGGCAUUGACUGAAGGCUAUGUCGGGGCCCUACAGGAGGACAGACACGGCAGCUCAGUGCAGAUCCGAAGGCGCAAGGCUUCGGGGGAUCCAUACUGGGCCUACUCUGGUGCAUAUGGUCCUGAGCACUGGGUCACGUCUAGCGUCAGCUGUGGGGGCCGCCAUCAGUCUCCUAUAGACAUUGUGGAUCAUCAUGCUCGUGUUGGUGAAGAAUACCAGGAACUGCAACUUGAUGGCUUUGACAAUGAAUCUUCUAACAAAACCUGGAUGAAAAACACAGGGAAAACAGUUGCCAUCCUUCUGAAAGAUGACUAUUUCAUCAGUGGCGCUGGCCUGCCUGGCAGAUUCAAAGCUGAGAAGGUGGAAUUCCACUGGGGCCACAGCAAUGGCUCUGCGGGCUCGGAACACAGUGUCAACGGCAGGAGGUUUCCCGUGGAGAUGCAGAUUUUCUUUUACAAUCCUGAUGAUUUUGACAGCUUUCAAACCGCCAUUUCUGAGAACAGAAUCAUUGGAGCCAUGGCCAUAUUUUUUCAAGUCAGUCCGAGGGACAAUUCUGCACUGGAUCCUAUUAUCCAUGGGUUGAAGGGCGUCGUGCAUCAUGAGAAGGAGACCUUCCUGGAUCCUUUUGUCCUUCGGGACCUCCUGCCUGCCUCUCUGGGCAGCUACUACCGGUACACUGGCUCCUUGACCACCCCUCCCUGCAGUGAAAUUGUGGAGUGGAUCGUGUUCCGGAAGCCCGUCCCCAUCUCCUACCAUCAGCUCGAGGCUUUUUAUUCCAUCUUCACCACCGAACAGCAAGACCACGUGAAGUCAGUGGAGUAUCUGAGAAAUAACUUCCGACCACAGCAGGCUCUGAAUGACAGGGUGGUAUCUAAGUCUGCGGUCCGGGAUGCCUGGAGCCAUGACAUGGCCGACUUCUUAGACAACCCACUGGGGACAGAAGCCUCGAAAGUCUGCAGUUCUCCGCCCAUCCACAUGAAGGUACAGCCUCUGAACCAAACGGCUCUGCAGGUCUCCUGGAGCCAGCCCGAGACCAUCUACCACCCGCCCAUCAUGAACUACAUGGUCUCCUACAGCUGGACCAAGAAUGAGGACGAGAAGGAGAAGACAUUUACCAAGGACAGUGACAAAGACUUGAAAGCCACCAUUAGCCAUGUCUCACCCGAUAGCCUUUACCUGUUCCGAGUCCAGGCCGUGUGUCAGAACGACAUGCGCAGUGACUUCAGCCAGACGAUGCUCUUCCAAGCUAAUACCACCCGGAUAUUCCAAGGAACCAGGAUUGUGAAAACAGGAGUGCCCACAGCCUCACCUGCCUCCUCGGCUGACAUGGCCCCCAUCAGCUCUGGGUCAUCUACUUGGACAUCCUCGGGCAUCCCCUUCUCCUUUGUUUCCAUGGCGACCGGGAUGGGCCCCUCCUCCAGCGGCAGCCAAGCUACCGUGGCCUCGGUGGUCACCAGCACUCUGCUGGCCGGCCUGGGCUUCGGUGGGGGCGGCAUCUCCUCCUUCCCCAGCACCGUGUGGCCCACGCGGCUCCCCACAGCCGCGGCCACCAAGCAGGCCGGGAGGCCGGUCCUCGCCACCACCGAGGCGGUGGCCUCCUCCUCACCGGCUCCCGAUGCAGAUUCAACCCCAAGCAAGGAUGGCGAGGGCGCCGAGGACGGGGAGAAGGACGAGAAGAGCGAGAGUGAGGACGGAGAGCGGGAGCACGAGGAAGAGGGGGAGAAGGACUCGGACAAGAAGGAGAAGAGCGGCGGGGUGACCCACACCGCUGGGGAGCCCAACCAGACAGCGCCCACCCCGGCCCCCUCCUCCCCCAACAGGACUGCCCAGGAGGGAGGCCAGCAGACUAUACCGGGGCGCAGGCGGGACCACCUGGCCACCCCCACACUGCAACCCAGAGAAGCCAGGAAUGCCACCCUAGGCCUGGACCCCGACGCCAGCCCCUCCACCCAAGUGCCCCCCACAGCCACAGAGGAAGAGUAUACAGGGAGUGACCCCAGGAGGCCCGGCACAACGUCCAGAAGGCCUGUGUCCGGAAGGGACAGGUUCUCUGAGGAUAGCAAAUUUAUCACUGUCAAUCCAGCAGAGAAGAACACCUCUGGAAUGAUAAGCCGGCCCUCCCCAGGGAGGAUGGAGUGGAUCAUCCCUCUGAUUGUGGUAUCAGCCUUGACCUUCGUGUGCCUCGUCCUUCUCAUUGCUGUGCUAGUGUACUGGAGAGGGUGUAACAAAGUAAAGUCCAAGGGCUUUCCCAGACGUUUCCGUGAAGUGCCUUCUUCUGGGGAGAGAGGAGAGAAGGGGAGCAGAAAAUGUUUUCAGACUGCCCAUUUCUAUGUGGAAGAUAGCAGUUCACCUCGCGUGGUCCCCAAUGAAAGUAUUCCUAUCAUUCCUAUUCCAGAUGACAUGGAAGCCAUUCCUGUCAAACAGUUUGUUAAACACAUCAGUGAGCUGUAUUCUAAUAACCAGCAUGGAUUCUCUGAGGAUUUUGAGGAAGUCCAGCGCUGUACAGCAGAUAUGAGCAUCACUGCGGAACAUUCCAACCAUCCAGAUAACAAGCACAAAAACAGAUACAUCAACAUUUUAGCAUAUGAUCACAGUAGGGUGAAGCUAAGACCUUUACCAGGAAAAGACUCUAAGCACAGCGACUACAUUAAUGCAAACUAUGUCGAUGGUUACAACAAAACAAAAGCCUACAUUGCCACACAGGGACCUUUAAAGUCGACAUUUGAAGACUUCUGGAGGAUGAUUUGGGAGCAAAAUACUGGAAUCAUUGUCAUGAUUACAAAUCUUGUGGAGAAAGGAAGACGGAAAUGUGAUCAAUAUUGGCCAACAGAGAAUAGUGAAGAGUAUGGAAACAUUAUUGUCACACUGAAGAGCACAAAAGUACAUGCCUGCUAUACUGUUCGUCGUUUUUCAGUCAGAAACACAAAAGUGAAAAAGGGCCAGAAGGGAAACCCCAAGGGUCGUCAAAAUGAAAGGAUAGUGAUCCAGUAUCAUUACACACAGUGGCCUGACAUGGGAGUUCCUGAGUAUGCCCUUCCAGUGCUGACCUUCGUGAGGAGAUCCUCGGCAGCCCGCACAGCAGACAUGGGUCCUGUGUUGGUGCACUGCAGCGCCGGUGUGGGCAGAACAGGCACCUAUAUUGUGAUAGACAGCAUGCUGCAACAGAUAAAAGACAAAAGCACAGUUAAUGUCCUGGGAUUCCUAAAGCAUAUCAGGACACAGCGUAACUACCUCGUGCAGACGGAGGAGCAGUACAUUUUCAUCCACGAUGCCUUGUUGGAAGCCAUUCUUGGAAAGGAGACUGAAGUAUCUUCAAAUCAGCUGCAUAGCUAUGUUAACAGUAUCCUCAUACCAGGAGUGGGAGGAAAGACUCGGCUGGAAAAACAGUUUAAGCUGGUCACUCAAUGUAAUGCAAAAUAUGUGGAGUGCUUCAGUGCUCAGAAAGAGUGUAACAAAGAAAAGAACAGAAACUCUUCCGUUGUGCCAUCUGAGCGUGCUCGAGUGGGUCUUGCACCACUUCCCGGAAUGAAAGGAACAGAUUACAUCAAUGCUUCUUAUAUCAUGGGCUAUUACAGGAGCAAUGAAUUUAUUAUAACCCAGCAUCCUCUGCCACAUACUACGAAAGAUUUCUGGCGAAUGAUCUGGGAUCAUAAUGCACAGAUCAUCGUCAUGCUGCCAGACAGCCAGAGCUUGGCAGAAGAUGAGUUUGUAUACUGGCCAAGUCGAGAAGAAUCCAUGAACUGUGAGGCCUUUACUGUCACUCUUAUCAGCAAAGACAGACUGUGCCUCUCUAAUGAAGAACAAAUUAUCAUCCAUGACUUUAUCCUUGAAGCUACCCAGGAUGAUUAUGUCCUUGAAGUUCGGCACUUUCAGUGCCCCAAAUGGCCUAACCCAGAUGCCCCCAUAAGCAGUACCUUUGAACUGAUCAAUGUCAUCAAGGAAGAGGCCUUAACACGGGAUGGCCCCACGAUUGUUCAUGAUGAGUAUGGAGCAGUGUCAGCAGGAAUGUUGUGUGCCCUUACCACCCUGUCCCAGCAACUAGAGAAUGAAAAUGCUGUGGAUGUUUUCCAGGUGGCAAAAAUGAUCAACCUUAUGAGACCUGGAGUAUUCACAGACAUUGAACAAUACCAAUUUGUCUAUAAAGCAAUGCUCAGCUUGGUCAGCACUAAAGAAAAUGGAAAUGGUCCCAUGACAGCAGACAAAAAUGGUGCUGUGCUCAUUGCAGAUGAAUCAGACCCUGCUGAGAGCAUGGAGUCUCUAGUGUGAUUGGAUUCCGGAAAGGGCACUUAAUUUGUAAACUUCUGAAGACUGAGAACUUUUUUGAGGCCUUUUUUGCCAGACUCUAGGUUAUACAAUAACCCAGUUACUUUUUUACACUGAUAAAAGUUUUGAUAUUUAUUUUUUGCCAUUUUAUGUCUUAAUGGUAUCCUACUGAGCAUUUGCACCUCUGUUCAUUUCACACAGUGAAACGCAAUUUUACCUAGUUUGCACUAUAUGAUCAGUGUUACUGCCUAUAAUCUAUUACUAAAGCAAACCCUGAUGUGACAUUCCAUGACAGCGUAUGUGCUACUUUUUAGUUCAGUACAGUGAAGGUCUUUGUAAUGACAGUGAAUCUUGGUUUUCAUUAUUAUUGCUAAAGCAGUUGCAUUCUACUAGCAGGCAAUGCUGUACUUUCCUUCAGUCCUCCCCUCCUAUUUUUAGGCACUGUUCAAUACUGUAUGCCUUCUGUAUUUUAAUGGAGUGGAUGGGUCAUGUUUUCUCUUACAAAAUAGCUGGUUAUCAGGAGCUACUAAGAAAGUCUAUCAACAUUGUAGCCUUGAAACAGUUCUGUUUAUGAUGGCUAAGAGAUCCAGUAAGAAAUUAGAAGGUUUAAGAGUUGCUUCAUGUGAACAUCUCUGAUUAGUUACAAAGUUAUAUUCACAGCUUAAAAAUGUGUCAAAAUAAAGGAUAACUGUAUUACAGCUUUCACAGUAGCUAUGUGGACAGUGUGUGUUAUUUCCAUUUGACUUUCUGAAACAGCUACCCCCUAAAAUCAGGGCUAUCAUUUAUAGUAGAAAGGUAGCAAUCUUUUACACAACUAUAGAUCUUCUAGUUAAGACUCACUAAUGCAUUUUUUUUGUUUAUAAUACCUUACCUCAUGAUAGGUCAAAUGAAAACUUUUGCAAGUAUACAAUUUUGAAACUAGUACUCUAAAAAUAUUCCACUACAUAUAGCCAUUUAAGGAAAACUACCUAUAGAGUUAACAUUCUUUCCUUUCCUUUUGGCCAAAUGGUUCAUAAAUCUCUAACUUACAUGUUUCCACUUAAGAUUAAAUUGAAAAUACUGUAUUAGCAAAAGUUUGGGGACUAUCUAAACUCUCACACUUGAUUAAGUCUUAUUGGGAAAGAGAUAAAUGGAGUCUUGAAUAAAAGGUGAUAGCUACAUUUCCAAGUAGAUUUUAAGAGAAGAAGAUGGUUUUGAAUGCUUUUGUGUAGUUUAGCCUCAAGGAAACAAUCAUUAGCAUAAAAGAAACUGAUCGUCUAAUGACAAGUCUCUGAAGUUACAUUCACAGUACAUAAUGAAAAAAUUAGGAGAGUUUUUUAAGAAAUACCAGUAGAGUUAGAAAAAUAAGCACUUACUGAGAUCUGUUCCUUCAGUUACAUACAUGUUUUUCAGAGUCAACUUCUGCCAGAUUUGGAAACAUAACCAGAAUUGAGCCUACCCAGGAAGAAUAGGCUUUGGUGUUAUUUUAUGCCAAUAAAACUUCAAAAGGCCACCGUGGCUACUCUGUUUUCUUGGGUAGGCAUGACAGCACGAAUGGUGAAAUGAUGAUUAGCACUGAGGGUCUAUUAUCUUGAGUUGCUUGAAUAGUGCUGGAAGACUAGAGUUGCUAUGGGGAGAGAAUCUACAGACCAAGUUCAAACAUUUCAAUGCAGAGGUCAGAUCAAAAGCAUUCUAAAUAUUUGUUCCUACAAAACUGUGUACAUGAGUCUUUGGGAAAAGUGUUCAAGUGAACAAAAUGUGCUGAUUGUAUGUUGAUAGAUGGCACAGACACCUUUAACACUCCUCAACUCCCACCAGACAUGAUGGCUUGCCAUUGGACAUGUACCUGAGGGGAAUCAGGAAGAGAAAAGUUUCAGGUUUGCUUGCAAGCUGAAAGUUUCUCAGUCAUUUAAGUGAGUUACUUUAGUUGUGCAGAGUAUUGGUAUGAACUAAUGCUGGUUAGGAGAUGGCACAGUGGCUUUACCAUUCAAAUGUAACAUUUGAGUGCAUGAAUCAUUCGGUCAUUUUUUUCUGAAUAAAAGAACGUUGCUUAGAAGACAAAAGCAAGUAUUCCCUUCUGUGCUAUUUACAGAAGGCUCAAAUUGUGGAAAUGCAUAUACCUUCAUUCUGUGACUGUAUUGCUCUUACAUGAGUAACAGAAUAAUGUGGAAAGGGAGAGAAAGUAAGUCCAUAGAAUAGAAACAUUAUGAAAAUGGUUUCAAAGUUGUGUGUAAGUAAUCCAUAUGUCUAUAGCAGGCUUGAACCAAACUCUACAGAUCCUGACCCACUGAACUGUGAACUGCUAUUUGCCUGUCUUACCAAAGCGGUCCAAACCCCUUCACUGAAGAUAGUUCCAACUUUUCAUCCCAGUGUGCAUCAUCACUAUUACUAUCCAUCAAGAGCAAAAGUAUGCUUGCAACUUUCCAGAGGUAGAGACUUCCAAAGAUGGCAUUUUGAGACAUAACACAUUGCUUAAGUAGUUAACCAUGUUAACACCACUUGCACUCAAAGGGAAAGGAAAUAGCUAUUCCAAGUUAAUGUGUGCUACUUUAUUUUAAAAAGCUGUUUUGGGGGUUAGCUCUAAGGAAUAUCAUAUAUAUCAUAUAAAACCAAACUGCUCUGAUCAGACUAACUGGCCAUGUGGGCCAUCAAAUAUAUAUAUCAUCAGGAGAACAUUCUUACUCCUGAUAGCUAACCAUCUUCUUCAUUUCAAAGAAGUUCUGACUUUAAGUAAUAAAAUUAGAUAAUUUUCUUAAUUUUAUGCCUUGCUGUUUUAAGAGCCCCAUUUGGAAGAGUCAGAGAAGAGUUCUGGUAUUCAAGUUCUAGCUAUUGGAGUUUGUAGCCCAGAGUGAUACUGAAAUCAAUAAAUAACCUAAUUAUUUUAUAAUGACACAGCACAACUGCCUUGUUAUGACUUUUUCUUAAAUGCAUAUAUACUGUAUUUAAAAUUAAAAUAUAGAUACCAAUUUACCAAAGAAUACAUAUUACUAAUUCUAAGCAAAAAAUAAACCCAAAUUAAUCAUAAUUUAAGAGAAAACAAUUGAAGUAUAGUGGUCUUAAGAAGUUAGCAGUUAUACUGGAAAAUGCAUUUUCAAUUCCUGUGUUCUAAAGUUUCUGUUCAAGUGGUGCCAGUGAAUUUUUAUAUGAAGGGAAUAAAAUGCCUGCUUUUUUCUGUUAUCAGCAGCUGUAAUUUCACUUAACCCUUUGCGCUUUCCCUUAGUUCCAUUUAACAUACAAUAUUGGCUUUACUUAUCUCUAGAAAGAAGGCAUGCUAAAAAUAGGAAAGAAUUGUGAUAAUGAUAUUUGGCCUCUACUUUGUCUUAGCUGUUAAAACUUUUUAGUAUUUUUGUUAACUAUUUGCAAGGGGAAGCAUUUUCUACAGAAGAUAAUUUCAAGGAAAAAAAAAUAUCUUGAGUUUUAAGAAAUAAACAUCUCCAGAAAAGGAGAAAAGUCAAUUUUGUAAAAUGUCGCAACUCUCCAACAUUUGGGGUAGUGACUCCUUUUUUGUUAGGACAUUUGAAACUUGCAAGCAGCCAUUAUUUCUAAAGAAUUCAGCCUUCAUGUUGACUCUUAUUUCUUUCACUUCAUUUUGAAAUAGGUGAAAUCAUUAAAACUGUAAAUAUUUUGUUGCUUGGGUAAACAUCUUCUGGGAACUUUGUAUCUAUGGUAUAUAAUCAUAGAAUUUUAUAUUUUCAUAUAAAGCUAAUUUUUUUCUAGUUUCAACUCCGACAUAGUUUUUCUUUUCUUUUUGUGGUGGAUAUGUGAAUUUGACGUUCUGUGUAUUGAAGUAGCAAGAACCAUCUUUGCAUUCCAAAAGAAUCCAACAUGUUCUUUCUUUGAGGCAGUGACUGUGAAAGUUGAACUUUCUUUAAAUCCCAUUGACCAUUUGUGCAAUAGGAACUAGACAUGAUUAGCCACUGAAUUCAUUUGUUGCAUUGAUCCAUUUGGAAGAAGUGAUUUUUUUUUAACUUUGUUCUGGGGGAGGGGUUUUGUAACCUGAAAUUUUUCCCUUUUUUCUUUGUUUAAAACUAUAUCAAGUCAUUCUAUUAUAGUGUUAUUUAAUAUGUAAAUUGUAUUGCUAUACAUAAAUAAAGUAUGGUUUUUGAUGUA